CAUGUGUACAGGACGUACAAGACAAAUGAGUGUUCUCUAUCCUGUCCUGCUGCUGUAGGUGGCUCAGACUUGGAGCUAUUCAACAAGGACAAGAUGGAUUCCAAAGAUGAAAGCUCCCACGUGUGGCCGACAUCUGCGGACCAUGAACAGAAUACUGCACAGGUGCACUUUGUUCCGGAUGCUGGAACCGUGGCUCAGAUUGUAUACACUGAUGACCAAGUCCGUCCACCCCAGCAGGUGGUAUACACAGCAGAUGGUGCCUCCUACACAUCAGUGGAUGGUCCAGAGCACACACUGGUGUACAUCCACCCGGUGGAAGCUGCACAGACUCUGUUUACAGAUCCAGCUCAGGUAGCUUAUGUCCAACAGGAUGCUACAGCUCAACAGGUGCUGCCUUCCAUUGAGGGUGUGGAUGGUUCUGACCCUCUGGCAACUCUGCAGAACCCAAUUGCCAGACUAGAUGCAAAAGAGGAAGAAGAAGAGGAAGAGGAUGAGGAUGAGGAUACAGAUGAAGAAGAGGAGGAGGAUGCUGAAGAUACCGAUGUGGAUGAUUGGCAGCCUGACCCACCCCGGCCUUUUGACCCCCAUGAUCUGUGGUGUGAAGAGUGUAACAAUGCACAUUCUUCUGUGUGCCCAAAGCAUGGCCCCUUGCAUCCGAUCCCUAACCGGCCUGUGCUCACUCGGGCAAGAGCAAGUCUGCCUCUGGUCCUCUACAUAGAUAGGUUCCUUGGGGGAGUGUUCUCCAAAAGACGGAUUCCGAAGCGCACUCAGUUUGGCCCUGUAGAGGGGCCUCUGGUCAGGGGGUCAGAGCUCAAAGAUUGCUACAUUCAUCUCAAGGUUUCUCUUGAUAAAGGAGACAGAAAAGACAGGGAUUUGCAUGAAGACCUGUGGUUUGAGUUGUCUGAUGAGACCCUUUGUAACUGGAUGAUGUUUGUACGCCCAGCUCAGAACCAUCUAGAACAGAACCUGGUAGCUUACCAAUAUGGCCACCAUGUAUAUUAUACAACAAUAAAGAACGUGGAACCCAAGCAAGAACUGAAGGUGUGGUAUGCUGCAUCCUAUGCUGAGUUUGUGAACCAGAAAAUCCAUGACAUAUCCGAAGAAGAAAGGAAAGUUCUUCGAGAGCAAGAGAAGAAUUGGCCCUGCUAUGAAUGCAAUCGCCGGUUCAUCAGCUCAGAGCAGCUGCAGCAGCACCUCAAUUCUCAUGACGAGAAACUGGAUGUGUUUACCAGAACAAGAGGCAGAGGAAGGGGUCGAGGCAAGAGGAGAUUUGGCCCAGGCCGGCGGCCCGGGCGUCCUCCAAAAUUUAUUCGGUUGGAAAUCACGAGUGAAAACGGGGAAAAGAGUGACGAUGGAACACAGGACUUGCUGCAUUUCCCCACAAAGGAACAGUUCGAUGAGGUUGAACCAGCUGCUCUGAAUGGAUUGGAUCAGCCAGAACAAGCAUCCAUCCCAAUCCCCCAGCUGCCACAGGAAACGCCAUCCUCUCUGGAGCAGGAACCAGAAACUCACACCUUGCAACUGCAGCCACAGCAAGAAGAGACUGUAGUGCCUGCCCAGACCACUUUGACUGCAGAUGACAUGCGCAGGGCCAAACGCAUCCGAAAUGCAGCUCUUCAGCAUCUGUUUAUCCGGAAGUCCUUCCGUCCCUUUAAAUGUCUACAGUGUGGGAAGGCCUUCCGGGAAAAGGACAAACUGGACCAACACUUGCGCUUCCAUGGGCGGGAGGGGAACUGCCCAUUGACCUGUGAUCUCUGUAACAAGGGCUUCAUCAGCAGCGCCUCCCUGGAGAGCCACAUGAAGCUCCAUUCGGACCAGAAGACUUACUCUUGCAUUUUUUGCCCAGAAUCCUUUGACCGCCUUGAUUUGUUGAAAGAUCAUGUGGCCAUUCAUAUCAAUGAUGGCUACUUCACCUGCCCAACUUGUAAGAAACGGUUCCCAGAUUUUAUCCAGGUGAAAAAGCACGUGCGCAGCUUCCACUCUGAAAAGAUUUACCAGUGUACCGAGUGUGACAAGGCCUUCUGUCGCCCCGACAAACUGAGACUGCACAUGCUCCGGCAUUCUGACCGCAAGGACUUCCUGUGUUCCACCUGUGGGAAGCAGUUUAAGCGAAAAGACAAACUCCGGGAGCACAUGCAAAGGAUGCAUAACCCUGAAAGGGAGGCCAAGAAAGCUGACCGCAUCAGCCGUUCCAAGACCUUCAAACCACGCAUCACAUCCACAGACUACGACAGCUUCACGUUCAAGUGCCGGCUGUGUAUGAUGGGAUUCCGGAGGCGAGGCAUGCUGGUAAAUCACUUAUCAAAGAGGCAUCCAGACAUGAAGAUAGAAGAGGUGCCUGAGUUAACCCUCCCCAUCAUAAAACCCAACCGUGAUUACUUCUGUCAGUAUUGCGAUAAGGUUUAUAAGAGUGCCAGCAAGCGCAAAGCCCAUAUUCUGAAGAACCAUCCAGGAGCUGAACUCCCACCAAGCAUUAGGAAACUUCGUCCUGCUGGCCCUGGAGAGCCCGACCCUAUGCUGAGCACCCACACCCAGCUGACUGGCACCAUCGCCACCCCUCCUGUCUGCUGCCCUCACUGCUCCAAGCAGUAUAGCAGCAAGACCAAGAUGGUCCAACACAUUAGGAAAAAACAUCCAGAGUUUGCCCAACUCCCCAACACCAUCCAUACACCACUGACAACAGCCGUGAUCAGUGCCACUCCAGCUGUCUUAACCACAGAUAGUGCCACUGGAGAGACUGUGGUGACAACAGAUCUGCUAACUCAGGCAAUGACAGAACUGUCCCAGACCUUAACAACAGAUUACCGAACACCUCAGGGGGACUACCAGAGGAUUCAGUAUAUCCCUGUGUCUCAGUCUGCAUCUGGUCUGCAGCAGCCUCAGCACAUACAGCUUCAAGUGGUGCAGGUGGCCCCGGCCACUUCUCCACACCAGUCUCAGCAGUCCACAGUGGAUGUUGGCCAGCUGCAUGAUCCUCAGACCUACACACAGCAUGCCAUCCAGGUGCAACACAUCCAGGUCACAGAGCCCACUGUUGCAGCUCCAUCAUCAUCCCAGGUAGCUGGGCAGCCACUGAGCCCUUCCACUCAGCAAGCACAGCAGGGGCUCAGCCCUUCCCAUAUCCAAGGCAGUUCUUCCACACAAGGGCAGGCCCUACAGCAGCAGCAGAAUUCCUCUGUACAACACACAUACCUCCCCAACGCUUGGAACUCCUUCCGUGGUUAUUCAUCUGAAAUUCAAAUGAUGACACUGCCCCCGGGUCAGUUUGUGAUCACAGACAGUAGUGUGGCAACUCCUGUCACUUCUGGGCAAGUGAAAGCAGUGACUCCGGGUCAUUAUGUGUUGUCAGAAAGUCAACCAGAAUUGGAGGAAAAGCACGCCUCUACUCUCUCCGGCACAGUCCAGGUUCAGCCCUCUGCACACAGUGACUCCCUGGACUCCACAAGCCCCAGCCAACAGCAGACCACACAGUACAUCAUCACAACCACUACCAAUGGGAAUGGGAGCAGCGAAGUGCACAUCACCAAGCCGUAGCCUUCAUUCUGCACCUGGAGUCCAGAGCUCACACCACAUCUUCUCAUUCGAAAUCUGAAGCUUCAAACACCUAGACCUCUUUUUAAAGAUUUAUUACUCACUCAAGAGUUUGGAAACUACCAUUUUGACGCACAUAUGCCAGGGGUAAUUUUUGCCAAGGUCAUCUUUACCCUUGGGAUUUCUGCCAUGGAAUGCAGCUCUUUCAGGGAAAAGUUGACUUCCAGAUGGAGAAACUUGGCCUUGCUCUUGAGCUGGUUGUUUUUGUUUUGUUUUUGUUUUUGAACACACUGAUAAGCCUUACUGUCCCUUUGUGGAGAUACUAAGUGGCAUAUUAUGUUCAUACCAAAGGUGGACAUAGGAUGUCCAAGUCCAUGGUCACUGGACUUCUGAAAUCCAAGCAAUGCAUCAAAAGAGAAGAAACAUUUAUUUCAAGGGUGUGAUUAGGUCAGAACCACUUUAUCUCAUGCAUUUGAGUUUUCAGUAAUUUAAGAAAGGCAGCUUAUUGGAUGAAAAAAUUAAAAUGAUAUGAUAAAGGUUUGAUGGUGGUGUUCUGAAGGAAAAACUGUCAUCUAAAAUCUUAUUACUGAUCUCUCUCUCUCCUAUAUGGGAUCUCACUGUGCUGCCCAGUAUAACCUUGAACUCAUGGACUCAUGAGAUCCUCCUGCCUUAGCCUCCCAAGUAACUGGGACUACAGUCAGGUACCAUCAUAGCAGUUAUUUUUAAACUCUUGUUUGGGAAAACUUAUUGGGCAGUGGUGGUGCUCCCCACAGAUGCUGGCCCCAGGCAGAUUGACCUCAUGUUCCACAUACAUAGACUCCCUGGAAGACAAAGGUUGCAUGAUCUCAAUAAGAGCCCCUGCAUUAAAGCUCUGCCUCCAGG